AUGGCACAUCUCAACUCUCCCCAGAAAUCUCACUACAAAGCGGUUAUAUUUGACAUAGGUGGAGUUGUGAUGAGAAGCCCUUUUGUCGCGAUUGCGGCCUACGAACGAGAGCUUGGGUUACCGGAGAACUACAUCAAUACUACCAUGUCGGGUCACCAGUUUCAUCGGAUAGACGUUGUACAACUAAGACUCUUUUACAGAGUUGGACACGGAUCGCAAGGCGCAUGGCAAAAGUUUGAACGAGGUGAAAUAGAUAUCACCACGUUUUAUCCGGCCUUCAGUCGAGACCUCUCCGACACCGAGAAAGCCAACAAAUGGUACAAGGCUUACUGCGAGCGGAAGAAAAUACCCUGCCCAAAGUUACCACAUCGACUGAGUGUGAAUGGUCGGGAGCUUUUCGGAGCCAUGAUGAAAGCAUCGCAGACCUAUGACCCCUAUAUCCGGGCGGCUAUUUUGAGAAUUCGAGCCGAGGGAAAGCACAAGGUCAUUGCCUUAACCAAUAACUUUGCUCGAGUCGACAUUCCAGAGUCGGAACGGGAAUUCCUGGGAUGGCAGGACGGAGUUAUUCCAACGCAUCUUCUUGAACUCUUUGACGACUUCUGUGACAGCAGUGCGUUGGGCAUGAGAAAACCUGAGCCUGAGUUCUACUUGGCUGCGUGCAAACGAAACGGGAUUGAACCCAAGGACGCGAUCUUCCUUGAUGACAUUGGGAUUAAUCUAAAAGCAGCCAGAGAACUGGGGAUGGACACAAUUCACGUUCAGAUAGGCAAAACUUUGGAAGCAGUAAAGGAGCUCGAGCGGAGGAUUGGGAUUAACCUCACCGACGCUAACGAUAAAUCGAAGUUAUGA